CACUUUUGGACCCUACUUCCUCAUCGGCUCUUUCUACAAGUUGAUUCAAGACUUGCUGUCCUUUGUCAACCCCCAGCUGCUCAGCAUAUUAAUCCAGUUCGUUUCGAACCGUUCAGCCCCAGCCUGGUGGGGUUUCUUGGUAGCUGGACUGAUGUUUGGGUGCUCCAUUAUACAGACUCUGAUCUUGCACCAGCAUUUCCAGUAUGUCUUUGUGACUGGCAUACGGCUUCGUGCGGGGAUCACUGGUGUCAUCUAUCGGAAGGCCCUGGUUAUCACCAACUCAGCCAAGCGGUCUUCCACUCUCGGGGAGAUUGUCAACCUGAUGUCCGUAGAUGCCCAACGAUUCACAGACUUGGUCAAUUUCCUCAACAUGCUGUGGUCAGCACCCAUGCAGAUCAUCCUGGCCAUCUACUUCUUGUGGCAGGUGUCCCUGAUCACCUUUGCGGUCUACGUGUCAGUGGAUGACAAGAACAUUCUGGAUGCACAGAAGGCCUUCGUGUCUUUGUCGCUGUUCAAUAUCCUAAAGUUUCCUCUUAACGCCUUGCCCCAGGUCAUCAGCAUCUUGACUCAGACUAGCGUUUCUCUGAAACGUAUCCAGCAUUUCUUGAACCAUGAAGAGCUCGACCCCCAGUGUGUAGAAACAAAGACCAUUUCUCCAGGCCAUGCCAUCACCAUAGAAAAUGGCAGUUUUACUUGGGCCCAGGACCUUCCCGCAUGUCUGCACAGCCUGAAUCUCCAAGUGCCAAAAGGGUCACUGGUGGCCAUAGUGGGGCCUGUGGGCUGUGGGAAGACCUCCCUUAUAUCUGCCUUGCUGGGGGAGAUGGAGAAGUUGGAGGGCAAAGUGGCUGUAAAGGGCUCCGUGGCCUACGUGCCCCAGCAGGCGUGGAUUCAGAAUGCCACGCUCCAGGACAACGUCCUCUUUGGCCAGCCGAUGGACCAGAAGCGAUACCAAGGCAUCCUUGAGGCCUGUGCUCUGCUCACUGACCUGGAUGUACUGCCUGGAGGAGAUCAGACUGAGAUUGGGGAGAAGGGUAUUAACUUGUCUGGGGGUCAGCGGCAGCGGGUCAGCCUGGCCCGAGCUGUCUACAGUGAUGCUGAUAUCUUCCUCCUGGAUGACCCGCUCUCUGCUGUGGACUCCCAUGUGGCCAAGCACAUCUUUGAUCAUGUCAUUGGGCCAGGUGGGGUGCUAGGAGGCAAGACAAGGAUUCUGGUGACACAUGGUGUGAGCUUCCUGUCCCAGGCAGACCUCAUCAUUGUGCUGGGUGAUGGGCGGGUGUCUGAAGCUGGCUCCUUCUCUGCCUUGCUCCAGCAAGAGGGUGCUUUUGCUGAAUUUCUUCGUAACUAUGUUCCUGAUGAUGACAACUUUCAAGAAGAGGAUAGUGCCACUGUCUUGCCCAAUGAGGAGAUAUUGCUGAUGGAGGACACACUCAGUAAUCACACAGACCUGACAGAUAACGAGCCAGUUACCAAUGAGGUCCGAAAACAGUUCAUGAGGCAGCUGAGCACGCUCUCCUCAGAAGGAGAGGGCCCUGGUCGACCUUCCACUAGGAGACGUGUGGGGCCUGUGGAGAAGAAAAAGACCCUGGAGUCUGCAGUGACCCGUGGAGAGCUGAUCCAGGCAGAGACAGCAGAGAUGGGCACUGUGAAGCUGAGUGUGUUCUGGGCCUAUGCCAAAGCCGUGGGGCUCUGCAUCUCUGUGACUGUCUGCUUUCUAUACACGUGCCAAAGUGCUGCCGCCAUUGGGGCCAAUAUAUGGCUCAGUGACUGGACUAAUGAACCUGUAAUUAAUGGCACACAGAGCAACACAAGCCUACGCCUGGGCGUGUAUGCAGCCCUGGGAAUAUUGCAAGGUAUCUUUGUGAUGAUGUCAUCUUUCACACUGGCCAUAGGAGGCAUCCAAGCCGCCCGGACACUCCAUAACAACCUACUAGCCAACAAGAUGCAUUCACCCCAGUUCUUCUAUGACACAACCCCCUCAGGGCGAAUCCUCAAUAGGUUCUCCAAGGACAUUUAUGUUAUUGAUGAGGUCAUCCCCCCCACCAUCCUCAUGCUGCUUGGGACCUUUUUCAAUUCAGCAUCCACACUCGUGGUCAUCAUGUCUAGCACUCCGCUUUUUGUCGUGGUUAUCUUGCCCCUCGCUGGGCUGUACAUAUUUGUACAGCGGUUCUAUGCGGCCACUUCGAGGCAACUGAAGCGCCUGGAAUCAGUCAGCCGUUCACCCAUCUAUUCUCACUUUUCGGAGACUGUGACAGGUGCCAGUGUCAUCCGCGCUUACAGACGUAGUCAGGACUUCAUGGCCAUCAGUGAUGCUAAGGUGGAUGCCAAUCAGAAGAGCUGCUAUCCCAACAUCAUUUCUAACCGGUGGCUGGGAAUCCGUGUGGAGUUUGUGGGUAAUUGCGUUGUGUUUUUUGCUGCACUUUUUGCUGUGAUUGGCAGACAGAGCCUGAAUCCAGGAUUAGUUGGCCUCUCCGUGUCCUAUGCACUGCAGGUUACGUUGUCUCUUAACUGGAUGGUCCGGAUGGCAUCAGACCUGGAAAACAACAUCGUGGCUGUGGAGAGAGUUAGAGAGUACUCAGAGACUAAGACUGAGGCCCCCUGGGUGAUUGAGGGCAGCCGCCCACCUCCUGACUGGCCCCAUCAAGGGGAGGUGGAGUUUGUGAACUAUUCAGUGCGUUAUCGGGAAGGCUUGGAGCUGGUGCUGAAGAAUUUGAGUCUGCGAGUGAAGGGUGGAGAAAAGGUUGGAAUUGUGGGACGAACUGGGGCUGGCAAAUCGUCCAUGACCCUUUGCCUGUUUCGUAUCCUGGAGGCAGCUCAGGGAGAGAUCCUCAUCGAUGGAGUCAACAUUGCAUCCAUUGGCCUCCAUGACCUACGCUCCAUGCUAACCAUCAUCCCCCAGGACCCAGUCCUGUUCUCGGGGACACUUAGAAUGAACCUGGAUCCUUUUGGCAAGUAUUCUGAUGAGGAAAUGUGGCAAGCCUUGGAACUCUCCAGCCUGCACAAGUUUGUGGGGUCACAGCCACAGGGCCUUGAUUUUGAAUGCUCUGAGGGAGGAGAGAACCUUAGUGUGGGGCAGAGGCAGCUUGUGUGCCUAGCCAGGGCCCUGCUCCGGAAAAGUCGAAUCCUGGUGUUGGACGAGGCCACAGCAGCCAUUGAUCUGGAGACAGACGGCCUCAUCCAGGCCACCAUCCGGUCCCAGUUUGAGGGAUGUACAGUGUUGACCAUCGCCCACAGGCUCAACACCAUCAUGGACUACACCAGGGUCCUGGUUUUGGACAAAGGGACAAUAGCAGAAUUUGAUUCUCCAACAAAUCUCAUCAUGGCCAGAGGCAUCUUCUAUGGGAUGGCCAAAGAUGCUGGACUUGCCUAAACGGGGUCCCCGAAUUUUAUCCAGGUCAUCACUGGCUUCCCUUUGCAGGGGAAAAUAACACAGAGUGGACUUUUUUUCCCCUUAAGAAUACUGUGCAAAGAACUGCAGAACUCAAAAGCAAAAAGAGAACUUGAUAGUUCAUUUAAUUCAAUCCCCUUGUUUUAAAGGGAGGCAGUUUGAUACAGUAGAAAAUGCCAGACUGGGAGCCAGAAGAUCCAGGUCCUAACACUAGCUGGGUAACCUGUGGCGACUUAUUUCACCUGGAAACAGAGCCCUGGUAGGACCUGCCCACAAUGACAGAGCUUCUUCUUAGCAAUGCCAGAAUUAGAAUACAGGUCUCCUCAGUCCCAAUCCUGUGCUUUUUUCACAGUACUACUCCUUCAACAUAAACAUGUAUUGGAACAACACCCUUGCACACCCCAAAACUCAGCCCCAAAUUUUUAUUCUCAUAUUUUCUAUUCAAAAGUAUACAAAAAUAAAAUCUAAUAUGAUAACCUUACAGGUCCCAAAACCCACCCCCCAAAAACCUUUUUUCUCAUAUUUUCUAUACAAAAGUAUUUAAAAAUAAAUCUUUUUCACUGAGAACAUUGAGCCCAAAACUAUGCUCAGGUACCUUAGUCCUACUCUGGGAUAAUGAUGUGAAGCCAUUAAGACCAGAGCACUGAUGAAAUAAAAAAUAAAUGGUA